AUGGCCGCCGCUCGCUCUGCCUUCCGUCUCACCACCCGCUUCGCUGCUCCUCGCCUUGCCGUCCGCAGCCAAGCCGCUCGUCCAUUCUCCAUCUCUUCUCGUACCUUGAAGAGCGACGUUGUCAGCGAGAAGGAGAUCCCCGUCUCCGUCUACGCUCCUGACGCGAAGGGCACUGGUCAAUCCGACCACUUCUCCAUUCCCGUUCGCGAGCAUGACUCUCGCCCUCCCACCGAGUCCCCCAUUCCUGGUCCCGAAAACGACGAUGUCGUUCCUCUUACCCGCAAGACCUUCGACUCGAUGCCUCCCAUGAUGCAAAAGCUCUCCGUCAUGGGCAAGACCAUUGUCGUCACUGGUGGUGCUCGCGGUCUGGGCAACUACAUGGCUCGUGCCUGUGCUGAGGCCGGUGCUAAGGCCCUUGUCAUCUUUGACGCUAAUCAGGAGCUGGGCGACGAGGCCGCUGCUGAGCUACACCAGAAGACUGGUCUGCCUGUCACCUUCUUUAAGGUGGAUGUACGUGACGGCGCUGCCAUUAACGCUGCAGUUGACUCCGUGGUCGAGCUCUACGGUGCUCCUGAUGUUCUGGUCAAUUCUGCCGGUAUCGCUGACUCCAACAUCAAGGCCGAGACCUACGACCCCGCCAUGUUCCGUCGUCUCAUUGAUAUCAACCUUACUGGUUCCUUCCUCAUGUCCCAGGCCGUCGGCCGUGCCAUGAUGAAGGCCGGCAAGCCUGGCUCCAUCAUCCUGGUUGCAUCCAUGUCGGGCAGCAUCGUCAACUAUCCCCAGGAGCAGUCCUGCUACAACGCCUCCAAGGCUGGUGUCAUUCAAUUCGGCAAGUCCCUUGCUGCUGAGUGGGCCAAGUACAACAUUCGUGUCAACUGCAUUUCUCCCGGUUACAUGGACACUGCUCUCAACCGUGUUCCUGCCCUCGACGCCCAGAAGAAGAUCUGGAAGUCCAUGACUCCCCAGGACCGCCUCGGUAAUGUUGACGACCUCAACGGUCUCUGCGUUUUCCUGGCUUCCGAUGCCUCCGGCUUCAUGACUGGCUCCAACGUCAUCAUCGACGGUGGUUACACUUGCCUUUAA